UCUUUCUCUCUCUUGUUGUCGUUUCUUCUUCCUCCUCCUUUCUCUCUGUGUUUCUUCCAAAUUCUUUCUCCUCUCUCAAUUCUUCCCCAAACUCAUCUCUUAGAACCCUAACUCCAAACUCACGGCAACAAGGACGGUAGGUCGGCAACAAGGACGGCGACAGUACGGCUUCCAUCUUUCUCCUCUCAUUUUUUUCCCAAACCCAUCUCUUAGAACCUUAGCCCCAAACUCACGGCUACUAGGACGGUAAAUCGGCAACGAGGAAGGCGACGAGUACGGCUUCCAGUUUGAUUUUGCUCGACCUGGGGGCGGGAUAUUUAAUCAGCAUUUCCGUGACUGCAACAUGUUUGAUAAACUUCCCCUGUGAGAAAAACUUGAAGUAGUUUCUCGACUUUGCAUUCAUCAGCAUUGAUGUUCUGUAGACGAUCCCGAACAGUCUUAAACCUACACCAGACAUUCAAGCGGCGAAUUUACGAGGAGAAUUUAGCUGCUGCAGCUGAGGUAAAAAUUUGUGAUUGUUCAUCAUACUCCACUGGGUCGGGUUCCCGGGAGCUACCAAGAAAGCUUAAAAGGUCCGAGAGGAAGCCUUGGGUGACUGACAUUAAUGAACUCAAGCGUAAGUCGAGAUUGGAAAGGCAAGAAAGGAGAGUGGUCCGAGAGGCCACGUUAAAACCUCCUGAAAAUGGAUUAUUGGUGAAAGAAUUAAUCCCAGUUGCUCAUGAAGUCUUAGCUGCAAGAACUCAAUUAUUGACUUGCGUUUCAAGAGUUGCCGAAAGCAUUGCAAUUCUUGUAUGCAGUGUUUGUGGAGAUGUGCAUGUGGGUGAUCCUCCACAUAAAAUCAGGACAUGUAAUGUGAGUGGUAGCCGGAAGAAUAAAGAGCAUACAUGGGAGAGAGGUGGAGUUGAUCACGUAUUUCCAGUUGUCGAAUCUAAUCUUUUUGAGAGGCUACAAGUGGAUCGAAUUCCAGCCGUUGUGGAACUGUGCAUUCAGGCUGGUGUGGAAAUUCCCGAGUAUCCAACAAGAAGGUUUGACUUCCCAGUUUAUUGUGUUGCUGGAAGACUGAUUGAUUUUGAGAAGAGGUUUCCCAAAUAUGAUUUGUCAGGAAGGGACAUAAAACCCUUUGGCUUUUGGGAGAUGGCAAAGAGGUCUAAAGGAGAUAAAAAACCUUUGAUUUUGCCAUAUAACGAUCUUAAAGGUUUUGCUGCCCAAGGAAUGGAAGCAUUCGAAAAAAUGUGUUCCGGAGUUGUUAGGCUAAUGCAGAAGUACGCUGUGCAAACAUGUGGGUAUUGUCCGGAGGUGCAAGUUGGGCCUAAAGGGCAUAGGGUGAGGCAAUGCCAGGCUUUCAAGCACCAAAUGAGGGAUGGCCAACAUGCUUGGCAGGAGGCAACUGUUGACGAUCUUGUUCCGCCAGUUUAUGUGUGGCAUGUCCAAGAUCCACAUAAUCCACUUCUCAUAGACGCUUUGAAGAGGUACUAUGGGAAGUUGCCUGCAUUGGUUGAACUGUUUGGACAAGCUGGAGCUGAAGUUGGAGAAAACUACUGGGCCAUGAUGAGAGAAGAUGUCGUAGUACCUGGACUGGAUGAAGAAAAGUUAGUUGUUUGAAGACCAGAACUCUUUAUAUUGGUUAUUGUACUAGUGAUUCUGGGAUUGUUUGAGCUUCCCCAAGUAUGUAGCUGUCUGAAAGCCUGAAAUCUUUCUCCUGGGUAUCGACAGCAUGUGUUUAACUGUAUUGUUGUAUGAUAUAUGCAUGCAACUCUGUGUUCUAUCUGUAA